CCCAAACGAAGAAGAGGAGCGAACAAGGCGCGUUUUAACUGCGCAUGUUCAGCGCACUUUCUCGCUGCUGGGUUUUUUUUUUCUGUAGCGACAUUUUCCGCCGCUGAGGGAUUUUAAUUUCAUGGCCAGACACAUGAGGCCUCCGAGCACGUCUCUGUUUGUCAGGAACAUCGGCGAUGAGUCCAGGCCUGAGGAUUUGCGGCGUGAGUUUGGCCGCUAUGGGCCGAUAGUAGAUGUCUACAUCCCACUUGACUUCCAUACACGUCAACCAAGAGGAUUUGCAUACAUUCAAUUUGAGGACGUGCGUGAUGCAGAAGAUGCUCUUCACAGCCUGGACAGGAAGUGGGUCGGUGGCCGGCAGAUUGAAAUCCAGUUUGCACAGGGCGACAGAAAGACUCCAAAUCAGAUGAAGGCGAAGGAGCGGCCGUCUCCAGGCAGAUCCUCUCGAUACGACGACUAUGACCGAGACAGCCGGCGCAGACGCUCACGCAGCCGCAGCUACGACAGAUACAGAUCACGCAGCCCUUCAUACGAUCGCCGGCGCAGACGGUCGGAGAGUCCGCGAGAAUCUCGUGGGCGGAUUUAUGGAAGAGGAAGGAGCAGGAGCCGUGAGGACGACAGGUACAAGCAACGGCCGAGGAGAGAGUCCAGAGGAAGAUCUCGAUCGCGCUCCAGAUCGGCGUCUCCGCGAGAAAACAUCAACCCAGCUUCGACUUCCCAUUACACGGAGGAAGAAGUGCGACGUGCACACUCCCCAACCCGCUCACGAUCCCGUUCUGUGUCAAGAUCACGCUCUCGGUCCCGAUCCUGGGCUGGACGCAAGUCAGGAGGACGCUAGAAAUUAUCCGCUCCUUCCUUCAGCUCAGUACCAGAGUUGGGUGUUUGUUAAGAAAAGAUUUGUUUGACAUGAAUGUAACGUUCCACUGAACCAUUUGUAGAAAGUUUGUUUUUGCAGCUUCCUUUUAUGAACAAUUCCCGAGGUCGGUUGCUUGUUUUUAUAACAUUAUUUUGGUAACGUUUCCGGUUAGGAACAUGAUGCAGUUUCUAUGUUCAGUGGUUGUCGGCCAGGAAUAAUCUGUCGUCUUCUUUUUUUUCUUUUUUUUACAUACAGUUGCUGAUAAUUUAGUUUUCUAAACCCUAUGCACCCUUUUUGCAAAAUCAGUCAGUAUUUUAAAAGGAAUCCAAUUUGUUAACGAGUACGACCAGUUUUUUUUUCUUUUCAGCCGCUCUCAGACAUGCACUGAGCUCCGGACAUUUUCCGGAGGGGCUGCGCGUGAGAAUGCAAAUGUCUGAGUCAGCUGCUCUGGACCUUUUCUGGAACUUUCCUCAAGGAAAAUGUCCCGAGUUAGUCCGUGUGAGAAUACAGCAGGAAAGUGUCUAGAACAUUCACGGCGAGCGAGUGGGCGUGUUGAUGACGGUUCUAGAAAAAUUGAAAAUCACAAAACUGGAAGAAAAAAACUCCUCUGGCCCUGAAUGUUCGGGACAAUUUCCAAUCUCCUGCUGUUUUCUUCAUGUGUGAAAUGUGUUAAUUUCUUAAUUAGAAUAAACUCCAAACUCAGCUUGAUUGAUAAUUCAUCACGUUGCACAUUAUUUAUAAUCUUCCACUUUUACUGGCGGCUUCAGACCGAAUUGAAAACAGAUUUCCUGCAGCAGUAAUACGGCUGAGAAGGAUGAAAACACCGAUGGAUUCAACUUCAAGUUGAUAUUUUUAUAUUUUAACAUUAAAACCUCUGGCUGCCUGGAAGGAAUAAAAAAAUACAAAAACAAUAUGAAGACUGUUUGGACUUAAAUACACUAAAAGAAUCUUUUUAAAAAAGUGUUAAAAUUUUCUCGACCAGAAUCUGUUUGUACAUUAAUGUGUUUUUUCUGUAUCCGUAAACCCUUUUUUUCUAAAUUUAAUUUUCCGUUCAUCAGUUCUUUAUCCGACUGUGUUGAUAGUUUUUCUGAGCAGCCCUUGUUGUCACAGCAUGUUUUAUCCUCCCGACCUUCUAUCAUCCGUAGAAAGAAACUGUUAUUUUGAGUAUUAAAUGAUAACGUUCUGUAAAAA